GGGAGCAAAAGCUAAAAGAGAUUCCGCGAAAUUUCAAUGGUUUUUGGCUUUCCGCAAUUUUAUUUUUAUUUCUUAAUCUGUAAGAUCUCUCUCAAUUAAUCUGCACACACCGAUCAAAAUCGCAUCUAAUUCCUCUUCUUUCUCAUAUCUUCUUCUCUUUCGUUUUCGUCCAAAGCAAGAAAAAUUAAAAAUAAAAAGCAGCUAUGCUACACAAGAGCUUCAAGCCAGCAAAAUGUAAAACGGCUUUGAAACUAGCGGUGUCGCGUAUAAAGUUAUUGAAGAAUAAGAGAGAUGCCCAGGUUAAGCAACUAAAGAGAGAAUUGGCACAAUUGCUUGAGUCUGGGCAGGACCGGACUGCCAGAAUUCGGGUUGAGCAUGUGGUUAGAGAAGAGAAGACAUUGGCAGCAUAUGAUCUUAUUGAAAUAUACUGUGAACUUAUUGUUGCACGUUUGCAGAUUAUUGAAUCACAGAAAAACUGUCCCAUUGACUUGAAAGAAGCAAUCUCAAGUGUACUUUUUGCAUCUCCGAGAUGUGCGGAUGUACCAGAAUUAAUGGAUGUUCGUAAGCAUUUCACAGCCAAAUAUGGGAAAGAAUUCGUCUCUGCAGCAGUUGAAUUACGUCCAGACUGUGGCGUUAGCCGCCUGUUGGUGGAAAAACUAUCAGCCAAAGCUCCUGAUGGUCCCAUGAAAAUGAAAAUUCUGAGUGCAAUUGCUGAGGAACAUAAUGUGAAAUGGGAUCCUGCAUCAUCUGGAGAGGAAGAAAUGAAGCCUCCUGAUGACUUGCUGAAUGGACCAAAUACAUUUGAACAGGCCAGUAAAAUGAACACCCAAGAGCUGUCCAAUAGUAAGGGGCCUCCUAAUUUUGGAACUCCUUCCAGACACUAUGAAAAGCAUGAUGCGGCAAUUGACUCAUAUGGUUCGAAUUCAAGAUCAUCACCACAUUCCCAAACUUUUCCUUCCACUGCUGCUGAUCCUAAUAAGGCAAUGCCAUCUGGCACUUCUCAUCCUGACCCAAGACCUUUUGGAACUGGGUCUGAAUCGGUGGAAUUUGGGCAUUCAUAUGUUUCGGAACAGAGUAGUUUCUCCACUGGUAGGCAGGGUUGGAAUAUGGAAUUCAAGGAUGCUACUACUGCUGCACAGGCAGCUGCUGAAUCUGCAGAACUAGCAAGUUUGGCUGCCAGGGCUGCUGCAGAACUUUCAAGCCAAGGAAGGAUAUCGAGGCAGCACUCCACAGAGUCAAUCAAGGCUUCUGCUUUCAGGUCAAAAAAUGGACUUCAAAACCAUGCCCAGUCAAGGUUGCAAGAUGAAGAAUUUGGUCAAGUUCCAGUAAAUAAUGCAUCUCGUAAAAGUAAUUCCAGGAUGCAUCUUGAACAAAGUUCUGAAAAGGAACUAGAUGACCUGGCGAGUUUGGCUGAAAGGUUUUACAUUCUCAAGAGCUCUAAUGAAUCUAGCCAGUCAGCUUCCUCAAAUUACAGCAAUAGUUCUGUUAUUGAUCAUCCACAGUUGGAUGAUGUGCAAAUGGCCCAUAGGCAUUCUAGAAAGACCUCAUAUGAAUUGGAGAAGAAUGACCUUUUUGGUGAGGUAAAUAUGAAGAGAGAAUCUAGUGAAUCUGAGGUAGAAUUUGCAAGUGAAGUGGAUAAUGGACUGAAGUCUGAGAAUGUUGGUUAUUUUGAAGAAGCAAGCAUCAGAAAACAGUCUAGCAAUGGUUCCUCUCACCCUCAUUCUCAUCACAAUGUUUUUUCCAGUUUCAGCUCACGGAAAUUUACAGAAGAAGCUGUUAAGGAACCUUUUGUUUUUGAUGACGGAAAAAUUCAAAGAGAUAGCAAUGAUACAAAUUCAUACAGCUAUCCUGCUGCUUCUUUUGAUGAUUCUGGGUCAGAUGAUGAUGAAUUAAAGUUUGAUGGCAAGGGCGAAUUUAAUGGCCAAGAUAGUAGUUCAUACUACUUUCCAGAAGGUAGAAAACCACCUUCUUAUCUUUUAGCAAGUACAAGUGCUAAAAGCCCCAGGCUGAGUAUGCAAGAGUCAUUAAGAAAUUUCAGUUCACAGUCACCUUUUGCCUCAGACUCGCAUUCAACUAAUGUAUUUUCUGAAUCCUCGAGAAGUGAUACCAUUCCUUCACAAGCAGAUGACUUGUUACCUGUGACUUUUGACGAUUCAGAUGGCCCAAGCUCAGGAAGUGAAGGGGAGCUGGAUGAGUCUAAGCUUGUUGCAAAUAAGCGAACUAGCACUUUUCUUAAUGAUGAUAGCUCCAGUUACCCUGAGAAAACGGGGAAUGUAAAACCUCAUUUGAAAGGAUCUGCACUCGCAGAAAAGGAAAACAUGGGAUCAAAGCCUUCUGCAAUUGAUUCAGAGGUAGAAGUGCAUUCUCAGAGAACCCAAGAAAUUGAAGUUGGUGCUCAAACUGAAACUGAUAGGAAGUACAGUUAUGGUUACUUGCACACCAAUCAGACUUCUGGUAUACUAGAAAAAUCCCAAUCAAGUUCCAAUCACAAUGAAAAUUCAGUAUCAUUAGUCAAUGAGGAUGUUCAAAAAUACCAAUCACUGGAUACAUUAGAGGAUAGGAAACCUGUUACAUACUCGAGUUUGGAAAGUGGUCAGGAGUUGAAUUUUGGAAUAUUGACAGGCGGCUUUCGGAAUAAGGGCUAUAGGCAUCCACCAUAUCGCAGGAAUGCAUCAAAUAGUUCUUCAGUGUCCAAACAUAUAGAGGAGGACAAGUAUACCAGGAUUAAGCAGCCCUCUUCAUCCCUCAACAUUGAUAUUGUCUCUGGAGCUCACGAUCAAGAAUCACAGGGACAGUUGGUGCACCAAAAAGUACAUAAAAAUGCGACCUUUGGAAGUCCAGCUCCAUAUUCUGAUGCCAGCAAUGAUGAGUCAGAUGACGAACUCCCCCAACAGACUCUUGCCAGUAGUCAAGAGCCUGAUAUUCGUAAUAUAGGCAGUGAAGGGAAUAAAAAACCAGGUUUAAGGAGUUAUUUUGACUCAGAUAAGAGUGAUUCUGAAGAGGAUCUUCCUAAAGAGACUGGAACCAGCAAAAGUCGUUUGGGUCCAGGAUUUUCUAGACGGACAAAAACUCCUCUUUCAAGUUCUGAGAAAAAUUCUUCUUCGAAGUCCAGGGUACCUAUCAAGUCUUCAGUGACUGCAGACAGUGUUGUGGAAGAAAAGUCAUCUUCAGUGAGUUCAUACGCAACUGAAACUCAAAUCAAGCCCCCUUCUCAGACUAAGAACUCAUAUUACCAGUCAAGUUUCAAGCAGGGUAAAUCAUCAGAACAAACUAGUUCAAUGCCAGUUUCGCCUUACAAAAGGUCUGUGCAUGAGGAGUCGUCCUCCAAGAGUUACUAUCCUAAGGAUACUCGACAAAAUCACCCUUCUCAAUCCAACAGUCCAGAAUACGGGGAAAGAUCUGGGCAGCUUAAAUUAGCUGAAUCAUCUAAGUUCAUUCCAGAAUCCAAGAGGUCCUCGCGCGAGGAAUAUCCAAAGUCAUCGGCCAGGGAGCAACCCUCCAAUCUUUCUCCUAGGACAGGUGGUGCUGAAAGUACAAAGACAUCCAGUUCACCUGCCGAUCCUCCGUCGAGAGAGAAUUCUAUUAAUAAAGCCAGUCAUGUGCACCCGAAACUUCCCGACUAUGAUAUUUUAACUGCGCACCUGUUGUCUCUUCGACAGAAUCGUCAAUAAAUCCAGUUACUGUAAAGAUAGGUAGUCUUACUGAAGUAUCCCAGUUUACAACCUCUGCGUUGAGCAUGCCUUUGUGGAAUGAGGUUUACAAGUUUCAGGGAAUAUAGAUUUUCAUUGCAUAUUUGUUAUUUUUUUCAGUGACUGUCAGGGGGGUUGUAACAUGAAUAGCCUUCCUAUUCUACAUCUGUUGGCUGUAUAUUUCGUGAUAUAUAAACACAUUUACCAUCACUGAGUCAGAGGGUAAUAUUUGAUUGUAUUGAGAUUGGAGAUGAGAUGAAUUUGUAUUUGUCAUUGUAUUGAAUAAAAGCUUUGAUGUUAAUAAUUCAAUUGCGAAUGCAGUGCUUAUUUCCUUGA